AUGGGCAAGCUCGAAACCAACUCGGACCCGAACCAGUUCUCCCGUCCCAGGGACGACGAGGAGGCUCUCACGCUCCGCAAUGAUUGGAGUCCACAGGAGGAGCGCAAGGCCAAGCGCAAGCUCGACCUUAUCAUCAUGCCCCUCCUGACGCUUGGCUUCUUCUGCCUCCAGCUCGAUCGAGGCAACAUUGCCAAUGCCAUCACCGACAACUUCAUGGAGGAUGUCCACGUCACGCAGAACCAGUUCAACGUCGGCCAGCAGAUGCUCUCGCUGGGCAUCGUGCUCUUCGAGAUCCCCUCCAACAUGAUCCUCUACCGUGUCGGCCCCGGCAAGUGGCUGACCCUGCAGCUCUUCCUCUUCGGCACCGUCAGUACCUUCCAGGCUUUCCAGAACAACUACGGAUCCUUCAUCGCGACUCGAUUCCUCCUCGGUAUUACUGAGUCUGGUUUCAUCCCCGGUGGUCUCUGGACCCUCUCGACUUGGUAUACCCGCAAGGAAACCGCCAAACGUGUCAUGUUCUUCUACUUUGGUAACCAGUUCGGUCAGGCUUCCUCCAAGCUCCUGGCCUAUGGUAUCCUCCACAUGCGCGGUGUCGGCGACAAGGCUGGUUGGUUCUGGCUGUUUGUGCUCAUGGGCGGCUUCACCGUCGUGAGCGGCUUCAUCCUCGGUUUCUGCCUCCCCGACUCCUUCAAGAACCCUCGCAGCACCUUCCUGCCCAACUACAGCUUCUUCACUGAGAGAGAACUGCACAUUCUGCAGACCCGUGUUCUCCUUGAUGACCCGAUGAAGGGCAAGAAGAAGAAGAAGAUUGGCCUGACUGCUUUCAAGAAGGCUUUCUCCAACUGGCGUCUCUGGGUCCACGUCAUCAUCACCCUUGCCAACAACGGCCCCCAGCGUGCCUUUGAUACCUACUCGCCUUCCAUUGUCAAGAGUUUCGGUUUCGCUGGCCUCACUAGCAACGCCUUGGCCUCCGUCGGUCUCUUCCUGCAGAUUCCUGUCUCCUGGACUUUCAGUUAUGUCUCCGAUCACUACAAUAAGCGACCUGAGACUGUCAUGGCUGGCCUGAGCAUGCAUUUGCUCGGUUACGUCUUUAACCGUAUCUUCACUGAGCUCAGCAUCCGAGGUGUCAGCUACUUUGGUGUUGUCUGGACUCAGACCUUUGGUACCUUUUCGCAUCCCCUCAACAUUGCUUGGAUGUCGCUUGCUUGCGACGACUCCGAGGAACGAGCCCUUGCCAUGGCUAUGGUCAUUAUGGGUGCCAACAUCGCCGGUAUCUACGGUGCCCAGAUUUUCCGAUCCGACGACAAGCCCAAGUACCGCCGCGGCUUCACCAUCAACAUCGUCGUCCUCAGCAUCGGCCUCGGUCUUGCCAUUCUCCGAUUCUUCGACGACAAGAUCUGGCGUCGUAGCAAGGUCGCUCAAAUCGAGGCCCAGCUUGCCCGCGAGAACGGCAACGACAGCAACAGCGAUGAGAAGUCUGGUUCCAGGACACCUGACCACCUUCCUACUCAUGGCCUUGAGAAGACGUCCCCGGUUGAGCUGAACGCUGCUGUCCGACCCACACAUGGUUAA